GGUUUUUAUUAUAUGCAUCGCAUUGACUUAAUUAUAAUACGCACAUUGCAUCAGCAUUUGAUGAUAUAUAAGCACCGAUUUGAGCAUAGAAUGUCAUCAGUCUUAGAAGAUUUCUAGUCCGACAAUCCACCCAAAUCAAAAUGUUCAAGAUCCUGCUUGUCUGCGCCCUCGCCGCCCUGGUGGCCGCCAACGCCAAUGUGGAGGUCAAGGAGCUGGUCAACGAUGUGCAGGCCGAUGGCUUUGUCAGCAAGUUGGCCCUCGACGACGGAUCUGCCUCCUCCGCCACCGGAGACAUCCACGGCAACAUCGACGGAGUCUUCGAGUGGAUCUCCCCCGAGGGUGUCCAUGUGCGAGUGAGCUACAAGGCCGACGAGAACGGAUACCAGCCCCAGAGUGACCUGCUGCCCACUCCUCCUCCGAUCCCAGCUGCCAUCCUGAAGGCUAUCGCCUACAUCGAGGCUAACCCCAGCAAGAACUAAGUGAACCCGCCGACUAGGAACAUGGAAAAUUGGAGACAGCUAGGUUGAGUUUGGAUAUCUCUCACCAGCUGUUUUAAAUUUAAGAAAAAUGUUAUCGAAUUCGAAAAUAAAUUAAACCUUGCAAUAUAAA